AUGCUCUAUAGAUGUUGUUUCUGCUGCUGCAAGGGAGUUUAUGAUGCAUCAAUCAGCUUUUACUACAAACAUGAAAAGAAAAAUAAAGUUAAUCCUGCUCAUAGAAUGAAAUGUGCUGGAAUUUGUUGUGGCUUUGAGCUCUGUAAUAUGUUAUGUGAUUGCCGCACUAAAGCACAUAGAAAGGCUUCUCAUCGUCCGGGAUCCCACAAUUAUAAAAACGACAAAAUGGAUGAACUUGAAUUGAUAUUUUGGCUCAUAUUUUUUGCAAUAUAUGCUCUUGUUUAUAUAUUUUUCUUUAUCUCUUUUAUAUGGGCAUUUAUUUUGAUGCUGAAUGGACCAGCCAGUGACGCAGAAGAGGAUUUUGAAGAUAAUUUAACUGAUCGAGCCAUUGAAUAUUAUAAUACACAUCAAGAUCGUUCUUCAGAUUUCGACAAAGAUGAAGAAAAUCCCGCACGAGUUUAA